CUGGGAAGCAUCUCAACAGGCACGUUCCUCCCAAGUAUCCAGGCCCCGACCCCACCCAAUCUCUCCCGCUGCAGCCCAAUCAGCCAGCCCCUUCGAGAUGGCCAGCAAGAGCUUCCAGAACCUGAAGAAAGAGGCAGAGGGAGCUGCCCAGGAGGCGGCAAAUGCAGCAGCAGAAGCUGCCCAACAGGCUGUGGACCAAGCCACAGAGGCAGGACAGAAAGCUGCGGAGCACUUGGUCAAGUCAACCCAGGAGGGCAUCGACAAGACAACAGGUCAGGCUGCAGAAGCCAUUUCCGGCUUUGGGAAGAAAUAUGUGUUCCAAAAGUGAUUACCUAUGCAAAGAAGAAAAGGAGUAACCCCUCUCCUCAAUCCCCAAUCCCCACCUCUUCGUCAUGGCCUCAAUUUGGAAAUACCCCAUGGGGUGUGAUCUCUUAUUAAAAUGAAUUCCUCUCAUAUGGAGAGAGAAGAACCCCAAA